GUGUGUGUGCAUUCUGUGAAGGAGUGAAAUUGUCCCCGUACAAACGAGUUGCCCUAAUCGAUAUAAGGAUUCACAACUCUCUUCAAACACCUUUUUCGACAUUCUGAAGUGUUCUGAAGAGAGAAGAAGAAGAAAGAUAACAAAAAAUUGAAAUUAUGUCACUAUUAUCUAAAUUCUAGUAUAUUAUACUGCUCUCCAUGACAACGAAGUCAUCUCAUGAAAUUUACUCUCAAAUGCUCUUGAAAAAUGAUUUCCAAAUUUGAAAAUACGUUUUGUGUGUGAAAAAAGUUAUUCAAAUUCUUCUUAUGAGGGUCUUGCCUAACGGACAAAACUGAUAAGAAAAUCGGAAGUGUGAUAGAGGAGACGGGCAACAGGGGAGACUCUAUAGGAGAGAGGCUCUCGACUGUCUGAAAAGUAUAAAAAAAAAAAAAAAAAAAAAUUGGGAAAAAAGAUCAAAAUGCCAUUUCAUCAGGGAUCAUACUCGGGUACAGUUGCAGUUUCGUACAGUACAAGUCCCAUGGCACCAUUAUCGCCAAGCAUCUCAAGACGAUAUUCCGGAACUGUUGGCGGCUCGACCACCUCAUCGAGGAUCGGCAGUUCGACGUCAAAAUAUAAUACCUAUAGACCUUCAUCGACAACCUCCUCGAUUCUCGAUCGUACCACUGGCAGUUACUCGAAGCCAUUGGGCACAUCUCGAAUUAACUACUUGUCCGGAAGGUCUAUCUGUUCACCUGCAAGGUCAGUCUCAUCGGCGACAGACUCGGGCAUUGGAUCCAGCAGCAAAUAUCUGAGUACAUCGAGUUUGACGAGAGAUCAUCGCAACGGUCACAGUAGCGGUAGCCAGAGCAGCAGUGGACCGUCAGUCGUCGACCGGCUGUCCAGUAAAUACUCGUCGUCGAUAAAGUCGCGAUGCACAUCGCCCUGGCGCUCGAGUUCGUCGACGUAUCUCGAUCUCCUCGGUGGUGAGGACUACAGCAAUAUUGUGAGUGAUCUUCGCCGUGACCAGCGACAGGAGUCUUCGUCCUCUUCAGCCUCGUCGUCGGCGUCGUCCACCUCCUCCACCUCGACGUCCGUGACCCCGUCACGAUACUCAUCUCUUCACAAGCGGCGACCACCACUAGCAACCACCGUGCUCACCAGUCAUGCGCAAAAUGAUAGCGCCACGGCGCCCGCCGAGGUAACAGUCAACGAUCAACGGAACAAUAAUACCAACGACGAGAACGACAAAGACAUUAUUGACAGGCCCGCCUGUUUUAGUAACAAUAGUAAUAAUAGUAACAAUAAUAAUAAUCACGAGGACAAUCCAAAACGCCGCGUCGAUCACGAGGAGGAUAAGCUCGUCAAGGACUCGUCGGCGAUAGUACAGCAUCCGCCGACAACCUCCGGAGCAUCAUCAGCCAGUGAUCGCGGCGGUGGCGGAGGAUUGAUUGGCACGAACCUUGAUCCGCUCUCUAAUUUUCCCACUAACCUCGAUAACACGGAGCUGCUAACUAACAAUAAUGCUCGCUAUCGCGAGGGAAAAAUUCUCAUCAAAGUCCAAGGCGGCGAUUCGAUUCGAAUUAUUGAUCAGGUGACACAAGAUUCUUCGCCGUCGUCCUCCUCCUCUCCCUCGUCAUCAACAAGGCUGGCUGGAGAAAUUAAAGCAGUGUCGGAUGAUGAUGACGAGGACGACGAUGACGAUCCAUUCGACGAAGAUCCAUUUUUCAAGACGCGAAACACAUUUGCCGAGGGGCUUCUGCAGAAUGGAGUCAAUGAGAGACCAACACUUGGAACAUACAGUGAUGAUCCGUCCCUAAUGCCCUCCACGUCCAGGAGAGCUGAUCUUUUUUCAAGUUCGGUUAAUUCCAACAAUGACACUGCUACCUCGUCGUCUGCAAAUACCACCACCUCUGGAACAUGGCAGAGCAACAACCUUAGGGACGUUAACGAACAAAUCGAGGAGAGUACAGUAGCGAGGGGAAUUCGUAAUCGACAUCAAGCCCAUCGGGACGAACGAUGUGGUCUAAAUGGCCUGCGAAACAUUGGAAAUACGUGUUUCAUGAACAGCGUGAUUCAAUGUUUAAGCAAUACGAGACCAUUGCUGGAGUAUUUGCUCAACGAGCAAUACUUGCCAGAUAUAAACACGACAACAUCGAGUAUGAAGGGUGGACUCAUUAAGGCAUUCAGUCAAGUUACUCACGAAUUAUGGGAGAUUGGUGGCGAUGUGGUGAAUACGACUGCUUUUAAAUCUCAAAUACAAAAAUUCGCACCACGUUUCAUGGGCUACAGUCAACAGGACGCUCAAGAGUUUCUUAGGUAUUUAUUGGAAGGACUUCAUGAGGACGUUAAUCGAGUUAAAGUCAAACCACAACCAAUUCACACCGAUAUUCCCGAUCACUAUUCGGACAGUCAGAAAGCAACGGAGAGUUGGAAACGAUAUCUUCGCAGUGAGGACAGUACGAUUGUCGAUGUUUUUGUCGGUCAGUUGAGAUCAUCUUUGCGAUGCACAUCCUGUGAUCAUGUCUCAGUAACGUUGGAUCCAUUUUGGGAUCUGAGCCUUCCCAUUCCAUCGAGGAGCAGUACUGUGAAACUCAGUCAAUGUCUCGAACAUUUUACUCGCGAGGAAGUGCUCGACGGUGACGAGAAACCAACAUGUUCCAAGUGCCAGAUGAGAAGAAAGUGUACCAAGAGCUUUAGCAUUCAAAAGUUCCCGAAAAUCUUGGUUAUUCAUUUAAAGCGUUUCUCGCCGAUGGAACGAUUCCGCAGGAAAUUGAACGUACUGGUGGACUUUCCAUUAACGGGUUUGGACCUGAGUGCCUUUGCCACACCGAGAGUUCAAGGUUGCACGUAUAACUUGUAUGGAGUCGCGAAUCAUUCGGGUACAACAUACUCGGGCCACUACACGGCUUAUUGUAAACAUCCAUACUCAGGAGAAUGGCACGAGUACAAUGACAGUCGAGUAUCGUCGGUGUCGGUGCAGUCAGUUGUUUCUAGCGAAGCGUACGUGCUAUUUUACGAACAGCAGCCUCACAGUUCUCAUUUGUAACCUCACGCCUCGUCUAGUAACACAAACAAACCAACCAACUUGCCUCUUGGAAAACCCUCGAUUCAAUCAACAAACAAUUUUUAUCGUGCGAUUAUUAUUUUUACAUUGCUUUGUUUUCAUUAAAAAAAAAAAAAAUGACUAAACGUGAACGAAUCGUUGCAAAAGCAACUUUUACGUUAACGACAAUCAUGCAAAUUUUAUCUAAAUAACUUUAUUUUUUUUUAAAACUCCAUUCCAAUUUAUUGACAAAUUUUUAAUUAUCUCGAGGAAGAGGACACGAGGGAGGCUGCAUUUCUUUUUACAUUUAAAAUCUACCUUUGAUUCUACUCGAGAUUAUAUUCAUUUAAAAUCGCACGAAAUUCUAUCGUUUCAAGUGUGAGUUUCGCGUGUAUUUUUUUUGCAAAAUUUAUUCGUUUUUACAAAGAGGGAUAGGAAUUUAGAAUCUUGUCAUCAAUUUUUAGUGUGAAAAAAACAAGAAAAUGGGAAAAAUCAUGCUUUGAGAGUUUAUUUUAUAAGACUUUUUUCAUCGAAUUUCUUUUUAUAAAAGAAUAAUUAAUUGUACAAUUAGCAAAAGGAAAAAAAAUCUAGUACUAAUCUAGCUUGAUUGUUGUUCACACUCAUACACACACGAUAAAAAAAUAAUUUAGUUUUUUGUCGCAAAAAACUCUUGAGUAUAUAAAUAUAAAUAUAUAAAAUCAUUUAAAAAUGGUGGUUUAAAAAAAAAAGUUGAGAAAAAAGAGAAAAAAAUCCUCAAGAGUUGUAAAACAAUGUCUUGCUAGAAUUAAAUUUACAUUUUACUUUAUUUGUCUUUUGUAAAAUAUUUAUUGUCACAAUCAAGAGCUAUUUAUUUAAUUUAUGGAAA